UGUUUCAGAUGUUUCUCCUCGCGCGUCGUGUGCGUCUGCAGUGCGUGUGGGUCGGAUGGAUGUUCUCGAACCACAAUCUUAAAGUUCUGGAUAAAAGAGAAACUUCAUGUGUGCUUAAUCUGAGGAAUGAAGCUACUGAGGGAAAACCGCUCGCAUUCUGCGGGAAUAAUGGCUGUGUGUGUCCUGAUGAUGAUGAUGAUGAUGGUGUUUGGUUGUGUGAAGGGCUCGUCUCCUCGUCUGGCUCUAGAGAAGAGUCUCGUCUGGCCAUCCAAACACACACAGUGUCUCCACAUGCUGAAACACCUGCAGAACGGUGCUCGCAUCACUGUCCAGAUGCCACCCAGCAUCCAGGGACACUGGGUCUCCACCAGCUGUGAGGUUCGUCCCGGUCCGGAGUUCAUCACUCGCUCGUACCGUUUCUUUCACAACAACACGUUUCAGGCGCAUCAGUUCUACUACGCAGACAAUCAGUGCACCGCGCCGAGCUACACGCUGCUGAUCCGGGGCCGUCUGCGUCUGCGGCAGGCGUCCUGGAUCGUCCGAGGCGGCACCGAGGCCGACUAUCAGAUCCACGGCACACGUCUGGUGUGUCACUCGGCGUCUGUGGCCCGAGAGCUCGCUCAGCGGCUGAAGCACAGCUGCAGGGAUCUGGGCUCCUGGCUGCCGAACGUGAGCUACGAGCUGUGGAGCGACUGCGACUGCGGCUGCGCACUGAACUUCUCCAUGCACGAGCUGCAGCUGCUGCGGCUGGAGAAGCAGUAUCUGCAUCACAGUCUGGAUCAGCCGCUGGAGGAGCUUUAUCUGGGAGACAUUCACACCGAAGCGGCGCAGAGGAUGCUCUACAGACCCUCCAGCUACCAGCCCGCGCUGCAGAACACACAGGUGAGAGCAUCAUUCACCUGUGAAGCGUAACCAUUCAAACUGUAAACGGCCUGCAGUUAGACUGUGUUCUAUGGGUUUCUGAAUGGAUGGCAGAUGCUGAGAUCCGAUUUAACAUCGUGACAUUUCAAGACAUUUUACACUCUUUUGCAUUGAUGGUUCCUUAGAUUGUCAAAAAGGUUCUUUAGAUGAAUGUU